UUCAUAUUUCUUUUGUUCUAGAUAUCAAAUACAGAACAGCUAAUAACACCUAAGACAUUCUUGGAUCUCCCACCACUUUCCAGCGUUUUAAUGGCGGUUAUGAAUAAAUCAGCAAAUGUGGUUAGGUCUUUCCUAAAUGAAUUAUUGGAAUACAUUGAGUCUGAAGAAUCUGAAGGAAUUAUUAGCCUUACCACUAGUGUGUAUAUUGUUGCUUUAAUUAAAGGUAAACAAAAACCUUCCUAUAUGAAUGCCAUUGCAGCUAUUCUUCAGAAAAAAAUAAUGAUGCACAGCGAAAUGACCAAAGAAGGCACGGAAAGACUGCUCUGUGAAGCUGCCUUGGACAUUGUGAAUAAAAUGCUAUGAAGACAAUGGGAUAGAAGAUAUAUUUAAAACUUUCCAAAGAGAACCAUAUAAUGUAUAGUUUUUUUGUCUCAAGUAAAAAAGAAUAUUCUUUU